AUGGAACCCAACCGUUUAUGCAAACGCUGUUCCCGCGCCCUCACAGCAUCCAAGACACUCUGGCAACCGAGACCGGUGGGCGACCCUGACUGGGCAGGCGAGAGAUUCUUCCACGGCAAGAAUGCAAAACAGAUGUUGAUUGACUCGGUAAUUGCCGCCGGUUGCCAUCUGUGCACACAAGUCAGUCAAGAGCACAACUUUUCGCGCGCCGGGGAUGACCAGAGAGUCAUGGUCGAAUGUCGCCGAUCGAGGGCUUUCGAGGGUGAUGGAAGGGACAUUCCGAUUGUUUCAUUUUCCGCUACUUCCCGCGCCAAGUGGGACGACAAAUGGGCUUCAUUGCCGGACCCUUCCAAAGAUGAAGAGCCUCAAGGUGAUUCGGCUACGACCCCAUUGGCGACAUUCAAGCUCGAACGGACCGAUGGAGCGAAAUCUCUUCUACCCCAAAGACUAUCAGAUGGUUCAAUGUUCGCGUUGCCUUCCUCGACUGAUUCACCUGAAGCGUUUGGCCUUGUGCGACACUGGCUAGAUGACUGCCUCAAUAACCAUCCAGAAUGCAAGGGGUCCAACUUUGAGAGACUCCCGACAAGGCUCGUCGAUGUAGGUGUUGCGGACAACAAUGGACAGAAGAAGCUUACACGACCGCGCAUCUUCGUCCCAAACGCGACUUCCCAAACACCGGCAACGAUCCCAUAUCUCACUCUCAGUCACUCAUGGGCCUUGACCGGAUCAUCUCUAAGGCUAACAACCAAGAAUAUCGAGGACUGGCAGAAACCUGAAGCAGCCGAACAUGGAGGAAUACCAAUCGACGGUCUAGCCCAGACAUUCCUCGAUGCAAUGCGAAUCACGCAGCAACUAGGUUACCGAUAUAUCUGGAUCGACUCUCUCUGCAUUAUCCAGGACUCAUCAGAGGACUGGAAGCGGGAGGCCCAGACGAUGGCAGCCGUCUACGGUAACUCUUUGUUGACCAUCUUUGCUUCGGGAAUGGGCAUGGCAGGAGGUCAAGGCGCCAAUGCCGACACUUGCUUCUCAGGGCGAAACCCCCUGAAAGUGUAUUCCCCCAUCAUCACGUCUCCUUUGUCGGAUGGCGCAAUGGGGGGCGGGGCCCAAAGCGAGGAAAAUGUCAACACCGCUGGGAGAACAUCUUUUUACGCCAUUCGUGAGAAGCACAAAACCAACGUGGACGAGAUGUUAUGGGGCGCUACUCAGAAAAACCCGCUCCUAUCACGAGGCUGGAUCGUCCAGGAGCGUUUGCUGUCGCCUCGGAUCAUCUACUACGGGGCAGAUGAGCUCUACUGGGAGUGUCGUCUCCAUGCGGUCUCAGAAAGUUGCCCUUUUGGAACUGGCUUGAAGAAGGAUGCUGAGGCUUCUCAAUCUAUCUGGACCGCUAACGCAAAGUCCGUAUACCAAGACUUACAGGAUCCUUUCCCUGCGAGCUUGAAGACGGGCAUGGAUAUGGGUAAUGACAACGAAGACGCAAAAUACGCACAACAUUUGCAUGAACUCGCUGCCUGUUGGACGACCUUACUCACCUAUUACACCGCCACCGGACUCACCUACCCGUCCGACAGACUCAUCGCACUUGCCGGAAUGGUAACAGCAAUAGAAGAGAGCAAAGGCUGGACCUAUACCCUCGGGAGCUGGCAGGAGCUUUGGCCUUUUGACCUCCUCUGGGGCUUCUCUACUGUCCUCAAUGUCGAGAUGUUUAACCCGGGCUGGUAUCCCGAUGAUAGCGAGAAACGACGCCAAGAUCGCGAUGAGAUGGCCCAGAAACUGUUAAAACGUCAAUCCUACCCCGAGUCGCAUGCCAGUACGACCCUGGGCCUCCCUUCAUGGUCAUGGGCAGCUACCGAAGCACCCAAAUCCUUCUGGUUUGGAUCUUCUGGUUCACUUACAUGGAAAUGCCAGGUCGAUGUUUUCGGCAGGACGACCACCGGUAUGCAAGAAAGUGGGAUCCUGGCUCUGAAAACGUACAAAAAGCAGUUAUAUGACGUGCCGUCCAUCGACUUGAUCUUGACGUGGGACGACGGCGAAAAUUUCUAUUCAAAAGAUGAGGUAUGCUGCUUGUUGGUACUCGAUCAUCUCGCGAGGGGUGGGCGACGAGCUCUUCAGUUGGGGUUGAUGGUUGUCCAAGUCCAAAUGGCCGAGAAUUCUCCAUCGUGUGAAGUCACCGACGACACCGGAGCGAUGACGGGAAUGCGGUUCUACUGUCGCCGGGUAGGAAAGUGGGAAAAUUAUUGGGGCCCGCUUGUUAUCAAUAGGAAUAAGGAUGAAGAGACGGCGGUGUAUUUGUGUUGA